AUGGGGCUGGAGAACCGCACCCAGGUGACUCAUUUCAUCCUCUUAGGGAUCCCCAACACUGAGGGCUUCGAGACCAUCCUCUUCUUCACCUUCUUAGCCUUCUACCUCUGCACCCUGCUGGGCAACCUGCUCAUCUUCUCAGCCGUCCUCGUUGACCCCCGCCUGCACACCCCCAUGUACUUCUUCCUCUGCAACCUCGCCGUGCUGGACAUGGGCAUCUCUUCCCUCAGCGUCCCCAAAUUGCUGGCCAGCCUCUGGUUCCAGGAUAAGGUCAUCUCGCUGGGCGGGUGCAUGUCCCAUGUCUUCACUGCUCACUUCCUGGGUAGCACGGAGUGCCUGCUGUACACCGUCAUGGCCUUUGACCGGUACGUGGCCAUCUGCCACCCUCUGCGCUACCUGCUCAUCAUGAACCGCCGGGUGUGCACCCUCCUGGCUGCCAGCAACUGGAUCGCCAGCUCCUUUCACGCCACCAUCAUCACCACCCUGACCUUCACGCUGCCCUACUGCGGGUCCAACGUGAUAGACUAUUUCGUCUGUGACAUCUUCACUGUGGCCAAGCUGGCCUGCGGGGACACGUACAUCUUGGAGACCGUGGUCUUCACCAACACUGGGGUGGUGCCCAUGAGCUGCUUCGUCCUCAUCCUCGCCUCCUACGAUCCUGUCCGGGACAGCGUCCUGCACCAGAGAUCCAAGGGGACUGAACGGAACAGGGCAAUUCUGCAGCGCUCCAGCUCUGUCUUCCACUCCUAG